AUGAGUGAAAAUAAAGAUCACGUUGUUGUUGGAUACACUGAAAAGCCUGUUGGUGAAAGACCUACUGGUGGUAAGUUCUUAGGUUAUGAUCACUUACAUUUCUGGGUUGGUAAUGCCAAGCAAGCUGCAGGAUGGUACACUUCUCGUUUUGGUUUCGAAUACUAUGCUUACAAGGGUUUGGAAACUGGUAGCAGAGAAGUUGCAACUCACGUUGUCCGUAAUAAAUAAGGUGUCACUUUAGCCUUCAGUACUCCCUAUGGAAACGACAAGGACAACUAAAGGGAAAUGAACUAACAUUAAAGUUUACACGGUGAUGGUGUUAAGGAUGUCGCUUUUGCUGUUGAAGACUGUCACUCUAUUUACAACAAGGCUAUCUAAAGAGGUGCCAAGUGUGCUUAUCCUCCUCAAGAUUUGAAGGACGAACAUGGUAGUGUCACUAUUGCUGCAGUCCACACUUAUGGUGAAGUUAUUCACACAUUUAUCCAAAGAAAUGACUAUAAAGGUUUCUUCAUGCCUGGAUUUGUUGCUCACCCCUUAAAGGACCCCCUUAACAAUGUUCUUCCUGACAUCAGCUACAACUAUGUAGAUCAUAUUGUUGGUAACCAACCUGAUAACAUGAUGACCUCUGCUGCUGACUGGUAUGAAAAGACUUUGGACUUCCACAGAUUCUGGUCUGUUGAUGACAGCAUGAUCCACACUGAAUUCUCUUCCUUAAGAUCUAUUGUCAUGACUGACUACGAUUAAAAGAUUAAAAUGCCCAUUAACGAACCUGCUGAUGGAAAGAGAAAAUCAUAAAUCUAAGAAUAUAUUGAUUUCUAUGCUGGCCCUGGUGUAUAACACAUUGCCUUGAAUACAAGUGAUGUAAUCAACACUGUCGAAGGUCUUAGAGCUAGAGGUGUUGAAUUUUUAUCUAUUCCUACUUCCUAUUAUGAUAAUCUCAGAAAGGCUCUUACUGCAUAGACUUCUAUCACUGUUAAGGAAGAUCUUGAUGUCUUACAAAAGAACCAUAUUUUAGUUGAUUAUGAUGAAAAGGGUUACCUCUUAUAAAUCUUCACCAAGCCUGUUGAAGAUAGACCUACUCUCUUCUACGAAAUCAUUCAAAGAAAUAACCAUUAAGGAUUCGGUGCUGGUAACUUCAAGUCCUUGUUUGUCUCUUUGGAACUUGAAUAAGAAAAGAGAGGAAACCUUACUGAAAUUGUCAAGAACAUCUAUUGA